AUGACGACUCCAGGUGAUCCCUUCUACCUCCGCUACUACUCAGGUCACUCUGGGCGGUUUGGACAUGAGUUCCUAGAAUUCGACUUCCGCACCAUUGGCGAUGGCCGCAGCGCAGCCGUACGAUAUGCGAACAACUCCAACUACCGCAAUGACUCCCUGAUCCGCAAAGAAAUGUGCGUAAGUGCGUCGAUGAUCCAAGAAGUGAAGCGCAUUAUUAAAGAGAGCGAGAUCAUGAAGGAGGAUGAUUCCAAGUGGCCUCAGAAGAACAAGGAUGGGCGUCAGGAACUCGAAAUACGGCUUGGGAACGAGCAUAUCUCCUUCGAGACCGCGAAAAUCGGCUCAUUGGUAGAUGUGACUGAGUCUGCGGACCCGGAAGGCCUGCGAGUCUUCUACUAUCUGGUCCAGGACCUGAAGGCUCUCAUCUUCUCACUUAUUUCGCUGCAUUUCAAGGUAAAUCCGGCUCACUCAUUGCUUUGGGAGCUCCGCGUCUAA